AUAGUUUCACUUUCCUUUGUCCUGAACACUCUUAUGGUGAAGAAUAGCCUGUGUCUUUAUUCUAUCAUCAUCUCUAACAGUUUGGGGCUUGUAUAGACGAAAAGGAGGGGAAACCAUCGAUACCAGGAUCACUGCGCAUCAGGAGUAAAGAAGACUGAACGUUGCUCUUGAAAUGGGUGGAGCAAAUGGAAAACAGUGGGUAAUGCUUGUGGCUGGUUCAAAGUCAUGGAAAAAUUACAGGCACCAGGCAGAUGUGUGUCACGCCUAUCAGAUAGUACAUCAGAACGGGAUUCCUGACGAGCAGAUCGUGGUGAUGAUGUAUGAUGACAUCGCUUAUAAUGCAGAAAACCCUUAUCCUGGAAAAAUAAUCAAUAAACCAAACGGACCGAAUGUGUAUCCAAACGUUCCAAAAGACUACACUGGAAAGGAAGUAACACCUGAAAACUUCCUGGCUGCUCUCAAAGGAGACAGCAGUGCUGUGAAAAAGAGCAAUCCAAAAGUCAUUACAAGUGGAGGAAAUGACACAUUAUUCAUCUAUCUGUCAGAUCAUGGAGGUUCAAACACCUUUUGCUUUCCUAAAGGCACUCUUCAUGCCCAUGAUCUCAUUGAAACAAUCAAGGAAAUGGCAAGAAAUUACAAGUUCUCAAAGAUGGUGAUAUACAUGGAAUCCUGUGAAUCUGGAUCGAUGUUCACCACACUCCCCGACAAUGUUCAUGUGUAUGCAGUGACUUCAGCGAGAGCACAUGAGAAUGGUUAUGCCUGUUAUUUUGACUCUGUGAGGAAAACCUAUCUCUCUGAUGAAUUCUCAGCUGUUUGGAUGCACUACACUGAAGCGAAUGACCUUGAUAAGAAAACAUUCCGGGAUCAGUUUAGUUAUCUUCAGGAAAAGAUGCAGAAAUCUCACUCCUGCCGUUUUGGGGACAAGACAAUGUGUGAAGAUCCGAUCAGUGUGUUUGUGAAAUACACCCCUCAAAGUGUUCAGGACAAGACAAGAGCUGAGGAGCUUGCAUUAACUCAUCUGACCUCUAACGAUGAAGUGCCAUUCAAAAUCUUGGAGCACCGAAUUAGAACAGAAACUGAUGCAGGCAAAAGACAAUAUCUGAUCAGAAAACAAGAAACUCUUCAUCAGACUAAAGCUAAAAUUGAAGGAACAGUCAAAGCUAUCAAACAGCAAUUUCCUGGCUUUGCACUUGAGGGUGAUUUGGAUGAUGAUUAUUCUCAGAUGGAUUUACAUGCAUUCAAGACUGUAGCUGAGCAUUUCAGGACAACCUGUUUUGACUGGCACGAGGAAGAGUUUCAGAUGGCUUUGUCACACACACAUGUAUUUGCUCGUCUCUGUGCACGUGGAGUUGAAGCAGAGAGAAUCAAAGCGGUCAUAACAGCAGUCUCCAGGGGAAGGAGGUUUCUACAGUAAUAAAAACAUACUUAAGAA